UGGUCAUCCUGUGUAGCCAGAGCCGCCUGAGCUGUGGCCGCUUACAGUGGAAUCCUCAACCUUGGCCUCAGAGUAUUAUGAAUUUUCUGAAUUCAGGGAUAAAGAGCCAGUGCUUGGAUUUACUCUCUUUUUAUUGCAUACGCUCAUCAACAUUCCAAAGUGAUGUACAAAUCAACUGCCUUGAGAGGAACGCCAGACCCCUAGCUCUCCUGGGCCGAGAAGCCAGCGCGAGAUGAGAGACCCCAGAGCAUUCAUCAAAGCAGAAUCAGAAGCAACAGACCUGGAACGAGGAAGUGCAUAACUUUUUGGUACAUGGGGAGUUUCUUGCAUUUCGGGAAGUCUGAGGUCUUCUGCCAGCGUUCGUUUUUGUUUCUACCAAUUUGACAUCAUACAUGGCUACUGAUGGCAGUGAUCUUCAGGUUCCCUUGCGUCAGAAGCAGAGAAGGAAAACUAAAGGUUUUUUCACCAUGAGUCGGAGGAGGAUAUCAUGUAAAGACCUGGGGCACGCUGACUGCCAAGGGUGGCUAUGUAAGAAAAAGGAAAAAGGAACUUUCCUAGGCAACAAAUGGAAAAAGUUCUGGGUGGUCCUGAAGGGAUCAUCACUGUACUGGUACAGCAAUCAAAUGGCAGAGAAAGCUGAUGGAUUUAUCAACCUGCCUGAUUUCACUGUAGAGAGAGCAUCUGAAUGCAAGAAAAAGCAUGCUUUUAAGAUCAGCCACCCACAGAUCAAGACCUUUUAUUUUGCAGCUGAGAAUGUGCAGGAAAUGAACCUGUGGUUAAACAAAUUUGGAUUAGCUAUAAUCCAUCUUGAAUCCACUACAAAGGAUGAAGAAUGCUACAGUGAGAGUGAACAGGAAGAUCCCGAAAUAGCUGUCGAGACACGACCCCCUCAUUACUCUGCGGAGACUCUCUCUCCUUUGGCUGCCCAGCGGGCAUCUUCGUCUUCACCCAAAUUGAAUGAAACGUCGCGUUCUUUCUCUUCCAUGGAAAACAUAAAAAAGACGCCCAGCAGUUUGUCUUCUCUCAUAUCUAGAGAAAGACAGCCCUGGAUGGACGUGGUUGACAGCUCGUCUGCCGCUGAAGACGUGGGACAGUCUGUGACACGCGCUGUGCAGGCCUGCUCACCUGCACCCUCGGAGGCAAAUGGUCGCAGGGCCCUGGAAACCAGCUUCGCCACAUCAGAAAGUGGAGUUUUGAACUCUUUAUCCAGUGAUGACGCUUCUUCAUUGAGUAGCAACCUAGAUCAUCUUUGUGUCCCAGACAAGCCGGCUGGAUCAGAGAUGACAGAUAGAGAAGAGACAAAAGUGUCUGAAGAUGAUGAAAUGGAGAAGCUCUACAAAUCGUUAGAGCAAGCUAGUCUAUCUCCUCUUGGGGACCGGCGACCUUCAACCAAAAAGGAGUUGAGAAAGUCCUUUGUCAAGCGGUGCAAAAAUCCAUCCAUAAAUGAGAAGCUCCACAAAAUCCGGACUUUGAAUAGCACAUUAAAGUGUAAAGAACAUGACCUGGCCAUGAUUAACCAGCUGCUGGAUGAUCCGAAGCUGACAGCCAGAAAAUACAGGGAGUGGAAGGUCAUGAACACCCUGCUCAUCCAGGAUAUCUACCAGCAGCAUCAACAGCAGAGGACCCCUACGUCCACCCCCGAAGGCUCCCUCCAGGGACUCGAGAAACCACCUUCCUCUGCCUGCAUUGAAAAUUCUAUUUGAGAACAAGCCAGGAUGCUCUCCCCCCCGCAUCUUACCCCAAAGCAACUCUUCAAGAUGUUGUAGUAGCUUAACAUUUUUCCUUAUAAAGGAAAACUGAAAGCCAGUUCCUGGAAGCACCAGCUCCUCCUCUAGGGAUGCAACUGGGGUGAAGACAAACACUGACGCUGCAUCACCAGUUUCAGUGCUUCCAUUCCAGCUGGAGGGAUGGAGUCCAGCUGAGCAAAUGGUCUCUGUGUUCCUUCUGGGAGCCCCCGGCCAUGCUAAGUUCUAGGUGGGAUGUGAGAACUGUCACCUCUGUUUGUUGCUCUCAAGAGAAUGACAACAUUCCAUGGACAAAAGAUCACUUUUUACCAGGGAUACUUCUUCAUAGAAAUACUCUGUUUUCCAAAAGAAGAAUGUAUAUAUCCCAUUUGGUAGCGUCGCUGAGUUCCCUAAGUCAUCUUUUGAGUGGAGGAAUGCUAUCUACAGCAGUAACCGGGGCAGGACAGAUGUGAUAUUGUGGAACCCAAAUCGCUUGCCUUUGGUCCAGAAUGGUGGUGCCUUUUCCACGUGUUGAGAAAUACUUCAUAGCAAAUGGUGUGCGGGAACGCCCAAGGAGGAGGCGUGUCCUAUAUUCCACUCAAAGGACAGCUUAAUAUUUUCAGACUUUAUCCAGUUUGGGUAAGGGAUCUGAUUAAUGUUUCCUUGCCACAGAACAGCUAAAGAAAACUCUCUCAUUACACUUGGACACCUCUGUUCCCUCUGAGAUUUUCUAAACCACUGUAGGACAUAGUAAUAUGUCCAGCGAGGAAUGUUUACUGCCUUUGCCCUUGGGGGUGGUAGCUAUGCACAGUAUAAAUGUACAACCAGGGACUUCCCUGGCGGUCCAGUGGUUAGGACUCCGCAGUCUCACUGCCGAGGGGCCGGGUUCAAUUCCUGGUUGGGGAACUAAGAUCCCCCAGGCAGUGCAGCACGGCCUAAAAUAAAUAAAUAAGUAAAUAAGUAAAUAAAUAAAUAAAUAAAUAAAUAAAUGUACAUCCAGAUUCCCUAGGAUCAAUAUUGACAAGAUGAUUCUGGUGUCUGAAUUGUUUUAGUAUCUUUAGUAUCUAAAAAAAAUCAACCCAACAGAAACAGCAAAAGAGUUAAAACAUGACUGUUUUAUUUUUGUAUGUCUAUGUGUCACUUUGUGUCCUAUGUGAAUAGCUAAAUAUAAUAUAUUUGUUAUUUAAGAAUAUUUAUAGAAGUUCAAAUUACUAGUGUCUUAAAAGAUGAUAUUAUAUGUUUUAUUCAGUAUAUGUUUCAAAGUAUAUACUUUUUGCUUGAGAAAAAUAGGAAUACUAUUGAUUCACUGGAGUUAUUAUGUUGCACUAUAAUGUCUGAGGAAUGCUCAGGAGAUCUUGUGGGAUAAAUGUAGGGCAUGCAUUAAUAAUCUUUAUUUUCUGGCUUUUCUCUCUGCUUCUUUCUCUCUUUUUUCUCUCUCUCUCCAGAAUGCUUAGAUUUCUAUCUGUUGUAGACGAUCUUCCUAACCAGAAAAGGACUUCCCUCUUACAUUAUCCCUUCUAGUAAAUAUACUUUAAGUUUUAUGCCAUUUAUGCCUACGUAUCCUAAACCAGAGGAGGCACAAUUAAUGCAGUCUUUUGAUGGAAGACGAAUAGAAUUUUGGCGGUUUACCGUUUAAGAGAACUCAUUUUAUUAGAGAAACAAUAGGAAAGUUUUCACCCGCUAAUCACCAUGAAUACUUCUCACCAUAAGAAUAACCACAACCCAUGAAAGACCCAUUUUGGCCUAACCCCUAGCAAGUUGUCAACACAACAUCGUUGGCUUUAUAGUGUCAAAGUGUGUGUGUGGCUUGACAUUCAAAUGGAAAUAACCCCCUGAAUUUUAUCUGCGAACUAAACGGAAAUAGUUGUUGAAAUUUUCCCUAAGCUUUACUAAGAAGUCUUAAUACUUUGUAAACAAAAAACAACCUUAGCAUUAAGAAAAAAAAAACCCAAAAACCCAGGAAGCAAGUUGUAAUACUAGAAGCUUCUGAGAGGCCAUGCUAGUCAGUUUGGCGCAGUAAACAUUUAGGUGCUCCUGCAACAGUUGGAGCGUACUGGGCAGGGCUCAGACCCUGCAGAAGAGGGGACCUGGCCCUCUGUGAGUUUACUGUUGGCAGAGAGAGAAGCAAACAUUUAGGUCCUCAGACUGGACCCUGAAGUUUCUGGUUUGAAGGCCGGUGCUUUAAUCUCUUUGCUCUAGAAAUCAGCAUCGAUUCUUUCUGUAAUUAGCAGCAUCUAAUUCUUCCCAUAAUUAGGUGGACUGUUUAGGAUUCACAAAGUAACCAAAGUGGUGAGGAAAGGAGAAAUAAUCGCAGAGGAAAGGAUGGAAUGAUAAGGCAUUCUUCUACCUUUUCCUCUUUGGUUUCCAGCACCAACCUAUAAACGUUAAACCAGUUUUUCCUAAAGUGAAGUGCUUCGAAAGCUUUUGGCCAGGGCUUGCAAAUAUAUUCUAACGCUUUACUUUGACUUUUCAUGAAUACAUAUUUAACUGACCUUUUAAAGUCCAUUGGUACCACUCCAACUUAAAGGCAAAACAGAUCCGUGAGAUUACUCAGUCUAGCUUUUCAGUCACUUUUCAAAGUCAGGUUCGUCGAGAUGUUUUGCUUUGUUAGUUAGAACAGUUACUAUGCAGAACCUCCCAAACGAAAGUUAAACUGAGAUGCACGAUUUCGCACCCGGCUCUUCUAGACGAAACUCACCUGCUCACUUGUGACUUCCCUUCUGAGGAUGCUUUCACUCUGUGUUACGUUGUGCUAGGAAGUAGGGGCACGGCUGCCGUGAGUCUCCCUCCUCCCUGUGCCUCUGCCUUGUGCGGUGGCUGCGGGGACCCAGCAGCUGGAUUUGGACUGUACGUGCCAUCGCGCUGCAAUGGGCACAGGGCCGUGGUAGCUUUUGCGAGGUCAUCCACUGGAAACCCAAAGGCCCCUUUUCCUUGAGUACAGUCUCUUCCUCAUGGCCUGAGAGGUUACUGUCCCUCCUGCAGUGACCUGCUGCUGGGCUGGCUGUGGCUUGGGGUGUAACUUAUCACUCUGCUUCCUUUCCUUCCUUCUGUAAAGUACACUGCUCGUUAGGAGCUGUGAGAUCCUUGGAUAGAAGGGAUCCAUUUAUUUUGUUUUCCUUUUAAAACGUGUCAGGAGAUGCCAGAGACCGAGCUUAGUGAUUAAGGGUUAGGACCUUAACUUUCCUUUCAAUUCCUUUUCAUGUAAUUAUGCUAAUUUCCUCAGACAGCCUCUAAGUCACAAACAAUAUCAUAGAGACGAUCCAGAUACUUUUAAAUCUUUUGAAGAGAGGGGCUAUACCAAUUCCAGCCAUAUUUAAAUUCAUGGACACGCACCUCUUUGUACGAUACUCUGAUUGAAAGAUAAUAUUUUGAUGAGGCCACACAGACGAUUGAGUGAGUAAUUUAGGCACACAAGGUGCCCAUCCAACCGUCACUUUGUGUUGCGAAGCUGCCGUGUCCAAAUGAAGUUUUAGGAUGCAUCUCUUCUUCGUCUAAUAGAAUUUGAUAUUUGAUUGGGGUUUUCCAAUGUAUUUCACCUUUCAAUUUUUUUUGUACACUUAUAAGAGGAAUGGAGUCCUAGAAAUGUGAGGAGACUGUCCUGCCUAUGGUUUUGUAAUAUGUCACUAAAAAUGGAAGCCCCUGAAACUAGAUUUUAGCCACGCAUAGGAAAUGGACUGGGGAUGGGCCAUCCUUCCACCCAGCACUGAGAGCUGCUCGUCUCAGCAAACAAGAUAACGAACCUCUACGUGUUUCUCUAUGUUGUGAGACAGGAAGUGAUGUUCUUACCUCCUCUGCACAUCUCUAUUCUUCCUCACAUCACCACAGACCACAGAGAAAACAAAGAAGAAAAAAAUAGAUAUUUAUAGAUAUUUUAAAAAAUAGUUCAAUUUCUCCUGCUGUGAGAAGACUUCACUGCCCUGUUUUGAUAUUUCUUUGAGUCCAAAGGGGAAGCAUGCCCCAGGGAGACGUCGAGCAUCUCUUAAUAAAGCCCAGGAUUUAAUUUAUUUAUUUAACAUCUUUAUUGGAGUAGAAUUGCUUUACAAUGGUGUGUUAGUUUCUGCUUUAUAACAAAGUGAAUCAGUUAUACAUAUGUUCCCAUAUCUCUUCCCUCUUGCGUCUCCCUCCCUCCCACCCUCCCUAUCCCACCCCUCCAGGUGGUCACAAAGCCCCGAGCUGAUCUCCCUGUGCUAUGCGGCUGCUUCCCACUAGCUAUCUAUUUUACGUUUAAGCCCAGGAUUUUAAACCACCAUUUUAACGCCCUUGCAUGAUGGGGAUGUGACGUUUUUUGCACUGCAUGGUGUUUGGGGGCAAGAUGUUAAUGUAGGAAUGAUACCUUCAAUCUCAUUGUACUUUGUUCUGUCUUCUACCCUCUUUGACCGAACUGAAAAAAGAGACAUGACUCAUUUCUCCUGCUCUGUGUGUUUGAGGAUGACUUGUAAGAUAAAAAUAAAAACAGGAGAAAAUAGAUCUAGUAAAAUGACCUGGAAAACAUUGGAAAUGUCCCAGUGGUGUUCGUUUUCUGCCCUGCAAUGUUGCUUCCUCAAAAUAAAAACUCCCUGGGAAGUGUGGCAUGGCUGGGCUUUUAUCGUCUACAAAGGGUUAUAGCGCCCUCUGGUGGCAGCCGCAAAAUAAUUGAUUCGAGACGAUCGAUGUUUUUAUUAUUAAAUGAAAAGAUUUAAUUACGUUGGGAAAUCUGUUUCCACAACAACUGAUGUGGCCUCCUCCAAUGGUCUUCAGCUUACAGAUUUCUUCGUAUCGAGAUAUUUAUAUUUUUCACAAUUGUCGGUGCACACAAUUUGACUCGUUACUAGGCACCCACAUUUUGUUUAGAGAAUCUUAAAAAUUUGAAGAUUAUAAAAGUUACAACCAGUAACACAUAAGCUCCUUAAAAUACAUAAGAUAUCUCUGUGAAAAAGGAACAAAGAAAAUAUUGAAGUAGAUAAUAAAUUGCCUUUUUGCUGGAUCCACUGAUGAGAGGAAGUUAGCCUGCACUGAACUUGAUUCACACCUCCUUGUUUGCUGUCUACACAAAGUGUUAUUUUGUUUCCUCUCUCUCUCCAAAUUUUCACUUUACAUGCUGAGGCCCAUCCUCUUUUUCCUCCAUCUGCCACCACCAAAUCUGUCCAGGCUCCCACACGGAAGCAGUAAAAAUUAUUCUAGACCAAAGAGUUUAGCAAAAGGCAUUGAUACAGUACGUUCUUGAUUUCUAGAACAAUCUUGCAUUCGUUUCCAUUGCUGCUGUACCAAAUCAUCACAAAUGCAGUAGCUUGAAAAUUGUGUUUUCUUCCAGUUGUAGAUUCAGAAGUCUGACACCAGUUUCCUUGAGCUAAAAUCAAGGUGUGGUCAAAACUGUGUUCCUUCGGGAACCUCCGAGGAAGAAUCAUUUCCUUGCCCUCUCCAGGUCACCCACAUUCUUUGCCUCUUCCUCCAUCUUCAAAGGCAGCAAGGUAUCUCUCUAUACCUUUUCUCUCUAGUCACACCGUCCCCAGACUGACUCUUUUUGUUUUGUUUUUUUUUUAACAUCUUUUUUGGAGUAUAAUUACUUUACAAUGGUGUGUUAGUUUCUGCUUUAUAACAAAGUGAAUCAGUUAUACAUACACAUAUAUCCCCGUAUCUCUUCCCUCUUGUGUCUCCCUCCCUCCCACUCUCCCUAUCUCACCCCUCUAGGUGGUCACAAAGCACCGAGCUGAUCUCCCUGUGCUAUGCGGCUGCUUCCCACUAGCUAUCUACCUUACGUUUGGUAGUGUAUAUAUCAGACUGACUCUUUUAAGGACCCUAGGAUUACAUGGGCCCACCUGGAUAGUGUAGCAACAGGUUGCUUCUCUGUUUUAGCAACCUGAAUACAACCUGCAACCUUUAUUCCCCUUUGUAACAUAGACUCAGGUCCAGUGAUUCAUGGUCAUCAUUCUGCCGACUGUAAACCUCCAUUUCAAAUAUCCUGCUUAGUCCCCCUGAACCAUCAAUUUCUUCCAGAAAUUCCAGGACAUCUAAAUUUUCAUGACAAGCAUGAAAUCCUUUGUCAUACCAUGUGGCUUGAAUUUGGUUUCAUCAAAGUAUGUUCACCACAGGGAAAGUAAUUCCAUCUUUAUGAGGAGAAAGGGGAAAAGUUUUCUAGUUUUUAAAGUCACACAUACACAGGUUUGACAGGUACAGUAGUUUCACAAUCAGAUCAAGUUUUAAUAAUACCUGCAUUUAAAGACAAAGCAUUAGAAUGUCACUGUUGAGAAUUGAGUAUCAUGAUGCAGAGGAUAAUUCAGGCCUCAAAAUCUUAGGUUCAUGAGCUGCUCUGUGCCAUGUCAGACUGGCUGAGGGCUCUGGACGAGUCCCAGCUUUCUCUCCCAUGAGAGUUGCAGAGACUCUUGUGAGAGCGUGAUGGUGUUCAAAUGUACUGACAGGCAUAGAAUUUCGAUAGGCCCCGGUCCUCAUAAAUCACAAUCCGAGUAUUAUAUUUGCCUUUUCUCUUAAAACACCCAAACAAGCCUAUCUUUACAGGUAAUUCCUGGAUGCUGGUCUGCUGGUUUAUCCCGUCUCGUGGUUGAGGAAGCCAUACGCACUCUGCCUACACCGAGGUCUCUGCUGAAUGUGUGUCGGCAGUUCUGUCCAGAGCAGGUGGUGUGGGGAAGGGACAAAAUUCCCAGGCAAACAGGGUGCCUGGCUGUUUUGCCAGUUCUUAUCCUAGCACCAAAGGUGGUUGUCGUGGACACCGUGGAUGCCCGCCCAGACCCCUUCACUUGGCCAGAGCUUUCAUGCCUCAGGAUUUGCACUUAACUGCGUCCCCCAUUUCCAGAAAACCGUCCUCAGCUAAAUGAGAGCCACUUAGCCAGGACGUCAUGUCCCUCAUUCUCAACCAGGGUGGCCGUGGCCAAUUAACGCCGAGGCCAGAUGGCAGCACUUGAGAAUCACAAGCAAAUGUAGUCAGAAUUACUGGAAUGGACGUAGUGACAGCCUGGGUCUGCUGCUGACCGUAUGGGUCUUUGGAGACUGCUAAUAGAAAAUGGUACCCCAGCGACAAAAAUACAUGGGAAGCCAACAACAUGUAGAAAUACCUUCAAGGGAAAUUGGAUACAGGGUACAAAUUCUCAGGAACCACCCCCAAAUAAUAUGGCCAAUGGGUUACAGGAGGGGCGGGGCAUAUACACGCCAAGUGAUAAAUAGCCUAUGUCCUCUAAUUUCUUUCUUCCUUCCUUCCUUCCUUCCUUCCUUCCUUCCUUCCUUCCUUCCUUCCUUCCUUUCUUUCUUUCUUUCUUUCUUUCUUUUCUUUCUUUCUUUUAAAAAUUUUUGGCCACACAAUGUGACAUGUGGGAUCUUAGUUCCCUGACCAGGGAUUGAACCCGCACCCCUUGCAGUAGAAGCACGGAGUCUUAACCACUGGACCACCAGGGAACUCCCUCUUAUUUCUAAAUGUACAAUUGGAAAUGCCAUGCUUAGCAGCUGGAAGACUUCUCAUGUCAGUUCUUUGACCAGUAAUAGCUACUGUAGUAAAAAAAAAAAAAAGGCCAAAUAGAA